AUGACAUCUUCAACCCAAAAUAACUCAAAACGAGAAGAUUUGCAAGGUCUUCGAGGUUUGGCUAUAAUGGCAGUUCUUGCCUUUCAUUUUUAUCCAAAUCAAUUUCCGAAUGGAUAUUUAGGAGUCGAUCAAUUUUUUGUUUUGUCUGGUUUUCUGAUGUGUAUGCUGCUCAAAAAAUCUCAAGAAUUACCGAUAUUUUCCUUCUUCACUCAAUUCUACAUUCGUCGUUUCAAACGAAUACUUCCCUUGUAUUUUCAAUUUAUUCUAUGUACAGUCAUUGCUCUCUAUACUAUUUUUCCAACCGCUGCAAUUCUUCAAAAUAAGAUGUCUGCUGGAAAAGCAUUGAUAUUUUUAUCAAAUAGAUCUCCAACGGCAAAUGAGGACUAUUUCAAAAAACUCUCUAUAGCAUUGGAUCUCUUCACCCAUACUUGGUCUCUAUCAGUAGAAGUUCAGUUUUACCUCCUUGUUCCAUUUAUAUUCCUCAUUGGUCGUCUAUUCAGAAACUCAUAUAGAGAGAUAUAUUAUGCAGCAAUAGGUGAGUGUACAUCGAUUCUUUGUUUUAUCGGGUUUCUUGAUGUGUAUGCUGCUCACAAAAUCUAA